UAAUGGCUUCUUCUCCGACCAUUUUCUCCUUCCUUUUCCUUUUCUUCUUCUCAACCUCCUUUGCCCAAUCAUCAUUCCGACCAAAAGCUCUCCUUCUCCCAGUCACAAAGGACAAGUCCACCAACCAAUACACAACCGUCAUCAACCAACGCACUCCCCUCGUCCCCGCCUCCGUCGUCUUCGACCUCGGUGGCCGAAACCUCUGGGUCGACUGCGACAAAGACUACGUCUCCACCACGUACCGCUCCCCUCGCUGCAACUCCGUCGUGUGCUCACGAACCGGCUCCACGGGCUGCGGCACGUGCUUCUCGCCUCCGAGACCUGGCUGUAGCAACAACACUUGCAGCUUAAUCCCAGAUAACACCGUCACGGGAACAGCCACCUCCGGAGAAGUUGCUAUUGACGUUGUGUCGAUUCAGUCAACUAACGGCGUUAACCCGGGUCGGGUCGUUAAAAUCCCCAAUUUAAUAUUUGGAUGCGGAGCAACGUUUCUUCUUAAAGGACUAGCUAGAGGAACCGUCGGUAUGGCUGGUAUGGGACGCCACAACAUCGGUUUACCUACCCAGUUCGCGUCCGCGUUUAGCUUUAACCGGAAAUUCGCAGUGUGUCUCAGUUCGGGAAGAGGAGUCGCCUUCUUCGGUAACGGACCUUACGUUUUCCUCCCCGGAAUUCAAAUCACAAGGCUCCAAACGACGCCGCUUCUCAUUAAUCCGGUGAGCACAGCUUCUGCGUAUUCUCAAGGUGAGAAGUCUACAGAGUAUUUCAUCGGCGUCACUGACAUCAAAGUCGCCGAUAAGUCCGUUAAGUUCAACAGAACGCUUCUCAAGAUCGACGCGACUACAGGAGCCGGAGGAACUAAACUCAGCACGGUGGAUCCGUACACCGUGAUGGAGACGACGAUCUUCAACGCAUUCAGAUUGGCGUUCGUCAGAGCGGCGGCCGCCAUGAAUAUUACUCGAGUGCCUUCGGUGAAACCGUUCGGCGCGUGUUUCAGCACGAAGAACGUGUUUGGCACGCGCGUUGGAUACGCCGUGCCGAAUAUCCAGCUCGUGCUUCAUAGCAAUGACGUCGUUUGGAGGAUCAAUGGAGCUAACUCGAUGGUGAGCGUUAGCCGUGACAUCAUCUGUUUGGGUUUCGUUGACGGAGGAGUCAACGCAAGGACCUCUGUGGUGAUCGGAGGGUUACAACUGGAGGAUAAUUUGGUCGAAUUUGAUUUGGCGAGUAACCGAUUAAGCUUUAGUUCCACUUUAUUGGGGCUUCGCACUAAUUGUGUCAACUUCAACUUCACUUCCAGUGCUUGAUAUGUUAUGUAAGGAGCCGAUGAAUGAUUUUAAUAACUUGAUUCGAAUAAUGGAGUGAGUGACUAUGACAUUGUUGUAUUUUCUGUGGCUUCAAUAAAAAGUUCGACAAGUGAAUAAAGAUGGAUCCCUUAU